CUUUCGCUUGGAUUCUGGUUGUCAGUCAGUCUCUCUUCCCCUGUUUUCUAUUGCCAGCGCCAAGAAACAGAGGAGAAGAGCAUGGCCACCACACUUACGCUUCUUAAACUACCCGUUCUUGCAAGAAAGUCCUCCUAUAUUCACUCUAAACUACCCGCUCUGCCCAGACCAUCAAAGCUAGUUCUUUCUAAGAAUGACACCACUGAUGACUCGAACAAAUUCUUGGUCUUCAAUGGAAGUAUCAAACAUUUAUUAAGUUCAGCUUCUCUUCCCAUUACAGCAUUCUCAUUACCCUUGUUUUUAGAUGCCAAGGAUGCACUUGCUGUUGAUGGGGAUUUUGGGAUAUUGGAAGGGAGGACAUUUGCAUUGAUACACCCGGCUGUUAUGGGGUUUUUGUUCUGUUAUACAUUGUGGGCUGGCUAUUUGGGUUGGCAAUGGAGACGUGUCAGGACUGUUCAGGAUGAGAUCAAUGAGAUGAAGAAGCAAAUCAAACCUGCAGCUGUUACUCCUGAUGGGAAUCCGGUGGAGUCGCCGCCUUCUCCUGUUGAACUUAAGAUCAAACAACUCACUGAGGAGAGGAAGGAGCUGAUAAAAGGAUCAUAUAGGGAGAAGCACUUCAAUGCAGGAUCGUUACUGCUAGCAUUCGGAGUGUUUGAAUCCGUUGGUGGAGGACUCAACACUUGGUUGAGAACCGGCAAAUUGUUUCCUGGACCUCAUUUGUUUGCUGGAGCAGCCAUUACAGUUCUAUGGGCAUCAGCUGCUGCAUUAGUGCCUGCAAUGCAGAAAGGGAAUGAAACCGCAAGAAGUCUUCACAUCGCCUUGAAUACAUUAAACGUUCUGCUUUUUGUAUGGCAGAUCCCCACAGGGCUCGACAUUGUUCUCAAAGUCUUCGAAUUUACUAAAUGGCCUUGAACUCCCUCCCUCAGAUCUCACUAGCAACUUCAAAUUUUCUUUUACUAGUGCUGUUCCCAUGUCAAUUGUUCAUAGCCUUGUGCAGAAAAAAGAUAUUAAUGUCUUAAAGAGAAUUAAGUAUGUUGUAUCUUCUUUAAUUCAUUAGAGAACAAAUUUAAGUAA